CACAUCUCUCUCAGACAGGAGUGCGUGAAGUCAUUAUUCACCGAGACAGACUACAUCGAGCUUCAGGCGCCUGGCGGCCGCCGUUGACGCCAAGCUGAUCAACGGCCGUCUUAUGAAACCCGGUCCACAGUGGUGUCAGUGCGCGGAAUAUUACUUGGUUGCCUAUUUGAUGUGGCUCUCCAAACAUCCAGAGCAGGCGACGUUUUUGCAUGGAAAGGAUCUUAUCGUCAACAUUGUCGAUAACCAAGGCUUAGAUGACAUCUGGACUGAACUUCGGAAGGGUCGCCACGAUCGCACCUGUGACGAUUUCGGCUCCUUCUUUGCCACUCAGUUCCGUCGCGCUUCUACCACGAUGGGCUUAUGCUACCAAAGCAAUGUGAUGUUCUCCUUCGCAGCUGAGCAGUUGCGACACGCGGGCAUUGACCUGACCAUUCUGGAAUGCCAGUGGGAUGCCUCCCAGGAGCGCUUGCAAAACCCGUAGCUACUUGACUCCCAGGGACGCAAGCAGUGGUUGCAAGGGUUGGGGAAAGACUACCUCUCGGAAGCGAGGGCCAGAUUUGCUGCCCAGCAAGUUAACAGUCUGAGAGGGGCUCGCUCCCUCAUCCAGCGGACGGCAAUCGAAAGCUCCUGGCCCAAAGGGAACGCAGAAGAAAACCGGGCGUGCCAGUGGCCCUCCGACCCCCUCUCAAUCUGUCGACAGC